GCCAGCGCCCCCUCCCCGAGCGUCACCUUUUAUGUGGAGCUGGCCUGAACUUUGGACCUUGUCUUCUUCCAGUAGGAAAUCAGUCUCUCAGAAGCCGAUCAUGGCCUCCAAGCCUGAGAAAAGGGUGGCCUCCUCUGUCUUCAUCACCCUGGCACCCCCACGCCGAGAUGUAGCCGUGAGUGAGGAAGUGGGCCAGGCAGCUUGUGAAGCCAGACGCGCUCGGCCCUGGGAGAUGCUUCCCACAAAGACACCUGGGACUGCAGUGGGCAGGAGCCCCAAGACCUGGACGCCCUCCGGCAAGACCAAUGCCUCACUCUCUGGAGUCACACCUCAGCUCUCCAAUGGAGGAUGCUCUCUCCCACCUCCUUCCCUGAAUGAGGAGGACCUAGACCUCCCGCCUCCUCCACCGCCCCCUUCUGCCUACCUGCCUCUUCCAGAAGAGGAGCCUCCUGUCUUACCAGGGAAGUCGCUCAUUUCCGACUUGGAGCAACUGCACCUGCCCCCACCCCCACCUCCACCCCCGCCACAGGCUCCAUCAAAGGGAUCAUCUGUCCACCCUCCGCCUGGUCACGCCAGACCCUUGGAAGAGGAGCUUCCUCCUCCCCCAGAAGAGCCUGUCACACUUCCAGAGAGAGAAGUGUCCACGGAUGUCUGUGGUUUCUGUCACAAGCCCGUGUCUCCUCGAGAGCUGGCUGUUGAGGCCAUGAAGAGGCAGUACCACCCCCAGUGCUUCACCUGUCGUACCUGCCGCCGCCAGUUGGCUGGACAGAGAUUCUACCAGAAGGAUGGGCGCCCCCUGUGCGAACCCUGCUACCAGUUGACUUUCCUGGCGCGUGCUCCCGGUCCUUCUAGGAAAUUUGCCCCCGUGUGCAGCAUCUGUGAGAAUCCUAUCAUCCCCCGAGACGGGAAGGACGCCUUCAAAAUCGAGUGUAUGGGAAGGAAUUUCCACGAGAACUGUUACCGCUGUGAGGACUGCAGCGUCCUCCUGUCUGUGGAACCCACCGACCAAGGCUGCUACCCACUGAAUGACCACCUCUUCUGCAAGCCCUGUCACAUGAAGCGGAGUGCUGCUGGUUGCUGCUGAAGAGUCCCGAUGGCUGGCCCUUCCCUGACUUGGUUUCCCCUCCUGACCUUUCUUGCAUACUUUCUUUUUGAACCUCACUGGGCACCAGCACACUGCACCCGUAGUGUCUAAAUUCACAGACAGGCCUGAGACACUGGGCCUUGGCCUCCUAGUACACAGCACCCCCCACCCCCAGACUUUCCACUCCUCUCCCUUCAUUGACCAGGAGGCCCCUCACCACCAGACUGCAACCCUGGUCCAUCUCAUCUCUAGUGCUGCCCUGACAUGGUUGUGGGGACAGGUCUCAGGAUGAUACCUAUGUCUCUGACCAUGAUGCUUAGCUGCCUAGCAGAAGGCGCUGAGACCUCAGCUUAGAUUGUAGAGCUGAGUUGUUUGAAGUGCGCCUUCUCAGCCACUCCAAUAACGUAUUUUUUGAGAAUAUAAGUGGGUAGUAGACAUGAUAGCGCACACCUUUAAUCCCAGCACUUGGGAGGCAGAGGCAGGUGGAAUUCUGUGUUCAA